UGUGACCCCCCCAUCGAGGUCAACGACCUGUUCAGGGACAUUCAGGAUGGACACAUCCUCAUGGCCCUGCUGGAGGAGAUCUCCGGCUGCAAGCUGCUUCACAGGUUCAAGAGGUCCUCACAUCGUAUUUUCAGACUCAACAACAUCGCCAAGGUCCUGUCCUUCCUGGAGGAGAGGAACGUGAAGCUGGUCAGUAUCGACGCAGCGGAUGUUGCUGAUGGAAACUCCUCCAUCAUCUUGGGACUCAUCUGGAACAUCAUCCUCUUCUUCCAGAUUAAAGAGCUCACGGGGAACAUCAGGAGCCAGUUCCCCUCCUCUUCCAGCCUGUCGUCCAUCCCCACCAGCUCUGACUCCGACACGUCCUGCAGCGCUCCGUCAGGCGAGAGGCAGGCGGCGGCCAUGCGUGAACACAGCAAGGCCAUCAAAACACUGCUGCAGUGGGUCCAGAAGCGAACACGCAAGUGAGUGUGGCC